AUGCGAGAUGUUGUUGGACAGAAUGGCAACCGACAAUGAGAGAUCAGAUUCUGAGAUGGAGAAGAUGUUACUGAUUUACAAAAGUUUUAUGGCUAGGGUCACAAAAUUUGAUGAAGCGGCAGCUGCAGGAAGCAGGUUUCUUGUGAGCUUUCAACAAGGGCUAGAAUUGCUUCGACGGCCUGCUUUAGACGGAAGUUCUAUUUUACUCAAGAAUAUUAUCAAAGCUAACGAAACAGAGAGGCUCACAUCAUACUUCAACGCUGGAUGUAUCCAUGCCAAUGAUGGGUCCCAGAGUUUGACAAAGUUACGUACUUGUGUACUUGGUCUUCAUGGCCUUGUGAAUACAGCCAAAACUAUACUGAUUGAACUUGAGGGUCAUCUAGAGGAUGUACUCAAGGUCUUAGAAGCUGCGAAUGAGUAUUUGUUACCAUCUCAGGAUGAAGACAUUGAUGAUAAAUUGAUGGGGGAAGUGAUUAGUGCCGACAAGGAGGGAACUGCAUCAUCUGAUUCUGGGAGACCUGAUCUCACAGAGUAUGCUACCAUGAUGGGUAUUAUUUACAGUAUGAUUAAACAAGACUUUGUCAUGCAGGAAAAAAUUGCAACUGCUCUGAAUCUGAAGCUAUCAUCCGGAGAGUUAGAAACCUAUUGCACUAUGUGGUCUCUGCGUCCUUUCAUUGAUGAUGAAAUCAUGCAUCAGGCUUGGUCAUUCAUUCCUUGACCAUAUCUUAUAUGCAAUUGAUGCCAUAUAACAUCUUUGACAACCGAGGAAGGAUGUGCGGACUAUCUAGAGGUGGCAAACAUGAGGAUCAAGUUUUGUUGAAUUUGGGAUUUUUCAGGUUCGGGUCAUUCCUGGUUCUGCCUCCUCAACUCUAGAGUACGUUUUCAGUCUAGGUUUUAAGUCAUCCAUGGUUUACCUUCCAUUGGAUAAAGGGCAGGUUUUACUCAGAUAUAGCUCCGUUGCAGCUUCGCUCAGGUUUCUGAUGAUUCCAUAUUCGAUUAUUAUGUCCAGUCAGAUCGGAUAAUACUAGGAUUUCUAAAGCAUUAUGUAACUUUUCAUGUCAAAUCUAAAUACUUUCUUCCGUAAACUGGCAAUCCCCAAGCUAUGGUGCUGCAA